AUGGCUUCAUUUGAUUUCCAAUCACUGUUUACGAAUGUUCCCGGUCGGGAGGUCAUACGUAUCAUGUGUGAUCAUGUGGAGCAAAACCAACUGAAAAUCGGUAUACCAGUAUCAGUUCUGGUACGACAAUUACUACUGUGCACAACAAACGUAUCGUUCUCCUUCCUUGGUUGGGCUUACAGACAAAUUGACGGUGUCGCAAUCGGAACUCCAUUGAGCCCCAUUCUGGCACAUAUGUUUUUGGCUCAUCUUGAGGAAAAGGCGAGCAAAAUCCUCGAACGUUCACAACUUUACAAACGAUACGUUGAUCAUGUUCUAGUCAUCACAAUAAGUCUAGAAGAGACAACAUGGAUUAUGGAUAAACUCGAUCGCCUGCAUCCGAAUAUACGAUUUACGAUGGAAACAGAAAUCGAAGAUACACUGCACUUCCUCGACAUUAAAAUGACUAGGAAUAAUGAUGGAACAAUGGCCAGAUCUGUUUACCGAAAAGAAACCUGGACAGGCCAAUGCUUGCAAUUUGACAGCUUUGUGUCUGUGGAAUAUGAACGUGGUCUGGUCCGAACACUAUUUCAAACAGCACGACAUAUCUGCACAGAAGACAUGAUUGACAACGAACUACGACAGCUGAAAGAAUCUUUGACUAGAAACGCUUAUCCCGAUGCGUUUAUCGAAAAGCACAGCAAGCCUAAAUUGAUCAGACAAACGAAUUGUUCAGCAGAAAAACUACUAGUCACCAUUUGUCUUCCAUUCAUACGUGAUGACAUCAAUUGCUUGCUCAAACGACCACUUGGAUCAGCGCUUGCCCAAAACAAAUAUUAUGCACCUGACCUCAGAAUUAUUCAUCGAACGAUUGAGAUCCCCACACCCUCGGUGAAACAACGUCCACCUCUGUACACCAAAUCGAAUCUGAUUUACCAAUUUCAGUGUAGUUGCGGAGCAACGUACGUGGGUCGAACAGAGCGCCAGUUACGUAACCGAGUGAUUGAAUAUAUUCCAAAUUGGGUACAACGUUUUGUGAUGCAAUCAGGGUCAGAUCAAAGGCAUAAUGACAACGUUCGAAACCAUAAGAUCCCGUCGUCGGCUGUCGGCCGUCGGCCGUCGGCCGUCGCUCGUCAUCUUCUGAUGACGCAACAUCCAGCUGACCGAAGCACUGCGUUUCGGGUCAUUUACGUGGCAAAGAAUACCAGGCUUUUGAGACAAAUUGACGGUGUCGCAAUCCGAACUCCAUUGAGCCCCAUUCUGGCACAUAUGUUUUUGGCUCAUCUUGAGGAAAAGGCGAGCAAAAUCCUCGAACGUUCACAACUUUACAAACGAUACGUUGAUCAUGUUCUAGUCAUCACAAUAAGUCUAGAAGAGACAACAUGGAUUAUGGAUAAACUCGAUCGCCUGCAUCCGAAUAUACGAUUUACGAUGGAAACAGAAAUCGAAGACACACUGCACUUCCUCGACAUUAAAAUGACUGGGAAUAAUGAUGGAACAAUGGCCAGAUCUGUUUACCGAAAAGAAACCUGGACAGGCCAAUGCUUGCAAUUUGACAGCUUUGUGUCUGUGGAAUAUGAACGUGGUCUGGUCCGAACACUAUUUCAAACAGCACGACAUAUCUGCACAGAAGACAUGAUUGACAACGAACUACGACAGCUGAAAGAAUCUUUGACUAGAAACGCUUAUCCCGAUGCGUUUAUCGAAAAGCACAGCAAGCCUAAAUUGAUCAGACAAACGAAUUGUUCAGCAGAAAAACUACAAGUCACCAUUUGUCUUCCAUUCAUACGUGAUGACAUCAAUUGCUUGCUCAAACGACCACUUGGAUCAGCGCUUGCCCAGAACAAAUAUUAUGCACCUGACCUCAGAAUUAUUCAUCGAACGAUUGAGAUCCCCACACCCUCGGUGAAACAACGUCCACCUCUGUACACCAAAUCGAAUCUGAUUUACCAAUUUCAGUGUAGUUGCGAAGCAACGUACGUGGGUCGAACAGAGCGCCAGUUACGUAACCGAGUGAUUGAAUAUAUUCCAAAUUGGGUACAACGUUUUGUGAUGCAAUCAGGGUCAGAUCAAAGGCAUAAUGACAACGUUCGAAACCAUAAGAUCCCGUCGUCGGCUGUCGGCCGUCGGCCGUCGGCCGUCGCUCGUCAUCUUCUGAUGACGCAACAUCCAGCUGACCGAAGCACUGCGUUUCGGGUCAUUUACGUGGCAAAGAAUACCAGGCUUUUGAGACAAAUUGACGGUGUCGCAAUCCGAACUCCAUUGAGCCCCAUUCUGGCACAUAUGUUUUUGGCUCAUCUUGAGGAAAAGGCGAGCAAAAUCCUCGAACGUUCACAACUUUACAAACGAUACGUUGAUCAUGUUCUAGUCAUCACAAUAAGUCUAGAAGAGACAACAUGGAUUAUGGAUAAACUCGAUCGCCUGCAUCCGAAUAUACGAUUUACGAUGGAAACAGAAAUCGAAGAUACACUGCACUUCCUCGACAAUAAAAUCACUAGGAAUAAUGAUGGAACAAUGGCCAGAUCUGUUUACCGAAAAGAAACUUGGACAGGCCAAUGCUUGCAAUUUGACAGCUUUGUGUUUGUGGAAUAUGAACGUGGUCUGGUCCGAACACUAUUUCAAACAGCACGACAUAUCUGCACAGAAGACAUGAUUGACAACGAACUACGACAGCUGAAAGAAUCUUUGACUAGAAACGCUUAUCCCGAUGCGUUUAUCGAAAAGCACAGCAAGCCUAAAUUGAUCAGACAAACGAAUUGUUCAGCAGAAAAACUACUAGUCACCCUUUGUCUUCCAUUCAUACGUGAUGACAUCAAUUGCUUGCUCAAACGACCACUUGGAUCAGCGCUUGCCCAAAACAAAUAUUAUGCACCUGACCUCAGAAUUAUUCAUCGAACGAUUGAGAUCCCCACACCCUCGGUGAAACAACGUCCACCUCUGUACACCAAAUCGAAUCUGAUUUACCAAUUUCAGUGUAGUUGCGGAGCAACGUACGUGGGUCGAACAGAGCGCCAGUUACGUAACCGAGUGAUUGAAUAUAUUCCAAAUUGGGUACAACGUUUUGUGAUGCAAUCAGGGUCAGAUCAAAGGCAUAAUGACAACGUUCGAAACCAUAAGAUCCCGUCGUCGGCUGUCGGCCGUCGGCCGUCGGCCGUCGCUCGUCAUCUUCUGAUGACGCAACAUCCAGCUGACCGAAGCACUGCGUUUCGGGUCAUUUACGUGGCAAAAAAUACUAGGCUUUUGAGACAAAUUGACGGUGUCGCAAUCCGAACUCCAUUGAGCCCCAUUCUGGCACAUAUGUUUUUGGCUCAUCUUGAGGAAAAGGCGAGCAAAAUCCUCGAACGUUCACAACUUUACAAACGAUACGUUGAUCAUGUUCUAGUCAUCACAAUAAGUCUAGAAGAGACAACAUGGAUUAUGGAUAAACUCGAUCGCCUGCAUCCGAAUAUACGAUUUACGAUGGAAACAGAAAUCGAAGAUACACUGCACUUCCUCGACAUUAAAAUCACUAGGAAUAAUGAUGGAACAAUGGCCAGAUCUGUUUACCGAAAAGAAACUUGGACAGGCCAAUGCUUGCAAUUUGACAGCUUUGUGUCUGUGGAAUAUGAACGUGGUCUGGUCCGAACACUAUUUCAAACAGCACGACAUAUCUGCACAGAAGACAUGAUUGACAACGAACUACGACAGCUGAAAGAAUCUUUGACUAGAAACGCUUAUCCCGAUGCGUUUAUCGAAAAGCACAGCAAGCCUAAAUUGAUCAGACAAACGAAUUGUUCAGCAGAAAAACUACUAGUCACCCUUUGUCUUCCAUUCAUACGUGAUGACAUCAAUUGCUUGCUCAAACGACCACUUGGAUCAGCGCUUGCCCAAAACAAAUAUUAUGCACCUGACCUCAGAAUUAUUCAUCGGACGAUUGAGAUCCCCACACCCUCGGUGAAACAACGUCCACCAAUGUACACCAAAUCGAAUCUGAUUUACCAAUUUCAGUGUAGUUGCGGAGCAACGUACGUGGGUCGAAAAGAGCGCCAGUUACGUAACCGAGUGAUUGAAUAUAUUCCAAAUUGA